AAUCUUUUACAAUGUUUGCUUCGAGUGGAUAAGUGUGUGAGAGAAUAAAAGAAGGCUAAACAGCAAAAAAAACUCACCAAAUCCUCUUAUCGAGUGAACAAAUAUUGGGAGAAAUGGCGUCGAUUGCAGCUUCUUCUACGUUUCACUUGUUUUGCAGAACCAAAAGCCCUAAUCUUUCUUCGACCCAUCUUCUUCCUUUGUCGAAAAAACUCAGCUUUCGGACCAGACCCAUCGUCGGUGUUAGUCGAAUUCGCAGUUUUGCUGGGUUUAUGAAACAGAAUCGCCUUGGGUUAAUGAAGAUUUCUUCGGUUGGAGAAGGAGGAGAAGGUGUCGCUGUCGCAGAGGAGCAACCGCAAGAGACUGUCUCUGUGCCUGUCUCUCCUUCAGACAUGCUCACCAUGUUUUUUCAGGCUGAUGGAACUUUGAACGAAGCAGCUAUUCCUAAUGUGACAAGGGCCUUACAGGAUAUUGAUGGAGUUUCCAAUUUGAAGGUCCAAGUUUCUGAAGGUGUUGCUGUCGUUGAGCUUUCAAAGCAAACGACGGUGCAAGCAACAGGAGUGGCGUCAAGCUUGGUGGAGACAAUACAAGGAGCUGGCUUUAAGUUACAGACUUUGAAUUUGAGCUUUGAAGAUGAAGAUGAGGUUCUGUCUAAUUAAACCAUCUUUCUCCUCUCCAUUUUGUGAUUAAAGUGACACACUAUGUUCAAUUUUUAGGGUUGCUUUCUUUCAUUUGUACCUUGCAAGGAAACAAUGUGGUAAAUUACAAAAACAAAAAGUGGAAAUGAAAUGUUUUCUUUGUUGGAAAAAUGAGAAAUUAAUUUAAUG